AUCGAUUACCCUUUCUCCGAGUCAGAGUUCUCAGUUUUCAUGUUAUUAUGCUGUAUGUAUAUUAUUAUUUUGGUGCCGCCGUGUCGUCGUUGGUGAUAAGUUAGGAGGUGUCAUUGAAAAUUAUAGAUCAAAUUAAAUAAUGAUUCGAUUAUGAAAUUCAAUGAGAAACAAUUAGCGAAUGCAGGACAAGGGCCGGCUGAUAUCGAAGGCCGUUUAAAUCAUAGACGUGCUCACAAAUCUGUUUUCAAAGAACGAUGGUUCAAAUUGAGAUGCAAUCUUCUCUUCUAUUUCAACAUCAACGAAUUAGGCCAGAUUGAAACCAAGCCGAGUGGAAUGAUAAUUUUGGAAAACUAUACAGUCAAAACGGAUGGAGCAAUGGAAGGAGAAUUUGCGUUCAGUAUUAUUUUUCGUGGUGAGCAUGAAAAGCGGCAUAUUCUUACGGGUCGUUCGGAGAUGCAAGUCGACGAAUGGGUGGCGGCAUUGAGAUGCGCCAGUUACGAAUUCUGGCGAUCUAAAUUAGUUGUUUUACAAAAGAAUUUGUGCAUUAAGACCGGGAAAGAUCCACUUUUGAUGGUUCCGAGAAAUCAAGGUUCUGUAAGAGAUGGAAUUUGGGAAACUCCGAGCUUUCGUUCUCAUGUUGGGUUUACACAAUUUACUGAAAAUAAGGAACCCAGUCAAGAAGUUGACCUUAUAGAUUUUUCGUGAAGACAAUAUUCAAUGAAUGAUUAGAGUGCGACCAUCGUUUGGUUAUUUUAUAACAAAAAUGAGAAAUAAAUUUGAGAGAUGGUACUUUUGUUCCGUGUCUAUGAACUGAUUGCUGCUAGAAACAAAUUGUAUAUUGAAGGAGAUUUUGUACUCUGUACAACUGUUAUAAUUGUAAAAGAAAAAUAUAUUUAUACACAGAUAAACUUUGAGAAAUCAAGCCAGCUGUCAAUGAGAUUGAUGUUCCAAAGGAACUCUUUGAAUCUCUUGAAUCACAUCACAUAACACCAAAAAGCUGAUUCAUAAUUAUUUUUAAAAGAGGGUAUGGGAAUUCAUUGUGACUUUCAUGAAUGUUCCUGGAGUCAUGCAACUCAUAUGGUAUUAAAUCAUCAGAUUAUGUAACUUUACACGCUAAUAAAAAGAGAUGUAUUUUAACUGAAA